AUGCCUUUGCUGUCGAGGGAGGUCUUGACUCUCCGCCUUAUUUUCGAAUGCGAUGAAUAUGGAGAGGAAAGCACUGCGGCAUCCGAACAGUCACGAAACCCGUCCCCUCUCCUCUGCCUACCCGUCGAGCUUCGCCUCGAAAUCCUUCGGCACUUGUUAUGCCUAGACUGCAAUCGCAAGGCCCAUACUCGCCGCCAACCACAAAGUAGCAUCUCCGAGUUGUUAUAUCUGAAUCCGCGACGGAUUCUCGAGGCUGCGCCGUUCAAGCACAAGGGAAACCAAGAGAUUAAUGGGAAUCCUCCGAUCAUAAAGAGCUGCCACCUACACCCGGCUAUUCUCAAGACAUGUAAGCAACUCUACUGGGAAGGACGGACGGUGCUGUAUACAGACAACAAAGUGCUCGCGAUCCAGUCAGGCAUUAAAGGUCUAGGUGCGAAGUUGCAGAACUAUGGCGUUCCAGUCCUUGGCCCAUUUCCUUCCACAAGACUGAUAUGCGGGCCUCGCGACGAAUAUCAGCCAAUUCACUUCAGAUUCAACCCUCUCAUGCUGUUCACUGGUGUGAAUACGAAGCGAGACGCUCCAUUCUACAUCAGCAGUCAUCUGGAUGCCGCAGAUUUUAUGCAUGCUCUGUGGAUCAUGGUCAAAUCUCCUUUUGCACGGGGGAUGGGCCUCAACUUGACACUAUCGACAGAACUUCAUCCUCGUCACAUUGGUCGCACACACAGUUUCGUCAAGCUCGCCGUCUUGCCCUGGCUGCACCCGCACAUUAAUUCUAUCAAGUUCCUUUGUCCUUACAAUGACACGAAUCAAGCACACACAGAACAUCGACUGGUCGAAGGACGAGGAUUGCUUACUUCCGGAACGCCGUGUGGUCGCAGCUCCGUUCAAGACGAAUUCGACAAACACUUACUAGCGAGCCAAAAGGAGCCCAACUUGCACAUAUACAGGGCCAUUUGUCACUAUCUUGAGCGGAUCUUGCUUCAAGGCGAGAUUUGCGUUGAUCAAGGACAGUACAUUUCUGCCGAGCUCUCCUUCGAGCGUGUGUGCUACGAAGCUUGCAGCCUUGUCCGCACCAGAACCAGCGCCCUCGUUGACGUCUCAUCUAGGAGCAAAGAUGGCAUCAAUCGUAUUUGUAAGCUGAUUGCUGUUAGUGCGUUCCGACUUUGCGAGCUGCGAAGUGGAUCUCUGGCUCAACUUGUUCUGAAAAGACAACAGAAACAGCAAACGAGAGAAAAGGAGAAAGCAUCCACUGACCCAGAAGUAUGCGAUGGAUGUCGAAAUGUGGACGGAUGCCGCGAUGAGGUUCGCGAGCACAGCGAAGAAUCCGUCUCAACCUUGAACGACGGGAAUCCGUCAAUCACGUCACGUUCUGAAGACACAAGUGGCGUUACUGAAGUCGGUCCUAAAGCCGUCCUGGCAAUGCCGCCUGGGCGAGCACUCAACGGUUUGCAAGCGGCGCCGGCUAAACCAGGUCUAACAAAAAGCCCAGCUCUGCCCAGAACCUCUCGACUAGAGCCGCCGUUGGCCCGAGAUCUCGCCCUCACCAGCGGUCUUCUUGCUCUACGACUGCCGUGUGCAUCCCCAGUGCCGGAGUGGAAUAUCCGUCUAGACACGAUGCUUCUACGACUUUUUGCCCUUCGAAAUGAUUUUUCCAACGCAGUAUGGUGCAUUCGUCGCAUUUACAACAACGGGACGGUCGUGAUUACUGGCAUCAAGCAGAAGAACAAGGCCGGGGAUAAGAAAUGGGAACCAUUUAACGAAUUGAUGCACGACCUGGCACAGCAGCUUAGACCGGGUGCCCCAAGAGACUGUUUUUUCGAAACAGCGGACAAGAUCGAGCAAGUGGUCAUGUCGUUAUGGGGAGAACGAUUGACUCCGAAGAAGGGGUUUAAUGGUUUGAUCUGGACGUUCAGGUGGGCUGGCUAA